AUGUGGGGUGGGUCGUGUGGCUUUGGACCAUGUGGAUUGGAUUAUGUGACUUGGGCCGUGUGGCUUGGUCUGUGUGGCUUUGGACCGUGUGGCUUGGACCAUGUGGCUUGGGUUGUGUGGCUUGGACCGUGUGACAAGGACCGUGUGACUUUGAACCGUAUGGCUUUGGACCAUGUGGCUUUGAACCAUGUGGCUUGGACAGUGGCUUUGGACCAUAUGGCUUUGGACCGUGUGGCUUGGACCAUGUGGGGUGGGUCGUGUGGCUUAGACCGUGUGGCUUGGACCAUGUGGCUCGGGUUGUGUGGCUUGGACCGUGUGACUUUGAACCGUAUGGCUUUGGACCAUGUGGCUUUCAACCAUGUGGCUUGGACAGUGGCUUUGGACCAUAUGGCUUUGGACUAUGUGGCUUGGACCAUGUGGGGUGGGUCGUGUGGCUUGGACCGUGUGACUUUGAACCGUAUGGCUUUGGACCAUGUGGCUUUGAACCAUGUGGCUUGGACAGUGGCUUUGGACCAUAUGGCUUUGGACCAUGUGGCUUGGACCAUGUGGGGUGGGUCGUGUGGCUUGGACAGUGUGGCUUUGGACCAUGUGGCUUUGGACCGUGUGGCUUGGACCAUGUGGCUUGGGUUGUGUGGCUUGGACCGUGUGACUUUGAACCGUAUGGCUUUGGACCAUGUGGCUUUGAACCAUGUGGCUUGGACAGUGGCUUUGGACCAUAUGGCUUUGGACCAUGUGGGGUGGGUCGUGUGGCUUGGACCGUGUGACUUUGAACCAUAUGGCUUUGGACCAUGUGGCUUUGAACCAUGUGGCUUGGACAGUGGCUUUGGACCAUAUGGCUUUGGACCGUGUGGCUUGGACCAUGUGGGGUGGGUCGUGUGGCUUGGACAGUGUGGCUUUGGACCAUGUGGCUUUGGACCGUGUGGCUUUGAACCAUGUGGCUUGGACAGUGGCUUUGGACCAUAUGGCUUUGGACCGUGUGGCUUGGACCAUGUGGGGUGGGUCGUGUGGCUUUGGACCAUGUGGCUUGGACCAUGUGGGGUGGGUCGUGUGGCUUGGACCGUGUGA